AUGGACUCCCUCAAACACCUAAUCCAAUCCCACCCCCUCAUCGACAACCACGCCCACAACAUCCUCUCCCGCCCCUCCGCCACCAACUACACAAAGUACCCCUUCGAGCAAAUCACCUCCGAAGCCCACGGGCCAGCCCUGCAAAACGCCCCCUCCACCUUGCCACUCCUCCGCGCCGCGAACCAGCUGUCCGGGCUCUAUGGUUGCGCUCCCGAUUGGUCCGCCGUCAAGGCCGCUCGUGACGAGCUCGUCCAGCGCGACUAUGAGGGUUUCGUAAGGAGGUGUUUGGAGGGCACGCAUGCGGUGCUGCUGGAUGAUUUGUUGAGUGAUGAGGAUGUCGAGGCGUCUGAGUGGCAUGAUCGGUUUACGGUUUCGGAGACGAAGAGGAUUGUGAGGAUUGAGAGUAUUGCGGAGAAGGUUCUGGGUGGGUUGUCGAAGGGGGAGGAGUCGCUUGAGAAGUUGCGGGGGGAGUUUGUGCGGUUGAUUUCUGAGGCUAUUGCGGAUUCGAAGGUUGUUGGGUUCAAGUCCGUUGUGUGCUAUCGCACGGGGUUGAAUGUGCAGCAGCCGGCUGAGGAGGCUGUUGUGGAUGCUUUGAGUCGGACACUGCAGCAGAGCGGUUCGUAUCGGGUUGAGGACAAGGCGUUGAAUGACUGGCUUGUCUUGCAGACGCUGGACCUGCUCAAGGAGGCUAAGGUCUCGUCUGGUGUCAACAAGCCUUUGCAAUUGCACACUGGUCUGGGUGAUGCGGAUAUCAGCUUGGUUUUGGCGAACCCGGCGUAUUUGCAGUCUGUGAUUGCGCAGUAUCCUGAGGUGGACUUUGUUUUGCUGCACUCUUCUUACCCUUACACCCGUGAGGCUGGUUACCUGGCUUGUGUCUACCCGAAUGUCUACCUUGAUCUGGGAGAGGUCUUCCCCAUGGUCAGUCGGGAUGCACAGGAGUCGAUUGUCAGAGACAGCCUGGACAUUGUGCCCUCUACCCGUCUGUUGUGGAGCACUGAUGGCCACUACUUCCCCGAGACCUUCUGGCUGGGCAACAAGCAGUUCCGCGAGGCAUUGGAAUCGGUCCUUGUCGACUACGUGAACCGAGGCGACUACACCAUCGAGCAAGCCAAGAAUACCGCCGCAGAGAUCCUUUUCCACAACUCCAACAAGAUCUACAACCUGAACCAGCAGCCGCAAUACACCUCCUCCCUCCCUGUCCGCUCUUCCCUUUCGUCGACCGACGCCCUCGACGCCUUCAUGCGCGCCAACCCCGACGUGAAGUACAUCUGGAUGCAAUGGGUCGACUACACUGCCACGAUCCGUGUGCGUGUCUUCCCCGUCCUCGAGUUCGCCAAGAUCGUUCGCAAGCAGCGCCGUAUCGGUAUCAGUUUGGCCGUCUUCUGGAUGUUGCAGGAUGACACUGUCACUCCCGAAGGAUCGACCACCGGCCAGUUCUACAUGGAGCCCGACCUGUCUAGUCUGCGCCGCAACGUUGGCAUCGACUCCAAGAGCGCCACAGUCAUGACUUACUGGCGCUCGGAAGAGGGCACAGAGCUUGAAGGCUGCCCCCGCACCACAUUGCAGAACGUGACCAACAAGAUGAAGACCGAGCACGGCAUCGACGUGACCUGUGGUUUCGAGAUCGAAGUCGUCCUCAUGAAACCUAUUACCAAUGCCAACGGCGACGAAGACUUCGUCCCCUGCGUCCGCAACCACUCCUGGUCCAACAUGACCACCGACACUCGCCGCAUGAUGCCUCUCCUUGAGGAGAUUUCCGACUCCCUCGCCUCCAUCGGCAUCAACCUCGAGCAGUUCCACGCCGAGUCUUGCCCGGGACAGUUCGAGUUCAUUCUUCCUCCCAACUCCCCCGUCGCCGCCGUCGACACCCUCCUCAAGGCCCGCCAGGUUGUCGUCAACAUCGCCGAGCAGCACGGUCUCCGCGCAACUCUCUACCCCCGUCCCAUCCCCAAGGCUGCGGGUACCGCCUCGCACGCACACGUUUCCAUUUCCCCCGCUACAAAGGAAGAUUCUUUCCUCGCAGGUGUGAUGGAGCACUACCCUGCUCUCGUCUCGUUUACCCUCUCGCAGGAUGUCAGCUACGACCGUGUCAAGGCCGGUAUCUGGGCUGGUAGCGAAUGGGUUACCUUUGGAACCCAGAACCGCGAGACUCCGGUCCGGAAGAUCUCCCCUGGUCACUGGGAGAUCAAGUCGCUUGACGGAUUGGCGAACAUGUACUUCGCCAUGUCUGCCUUUAUCGGCGCAGGCUACAUCGGUAUCACCGAGCAGAAAGAACUCACGAACAAGGAUUGUCAAUACGACGCAGCAACCCUCAACGACACCGAACGCGCCGCCCUCGGCAUCACAACAAAACUCCCCAAGACCCUCGCGCAGAGUCUGUCUGCCAUUGAAUCCGACCGUACACUCCAAGACCUGCUCGGCCCCGAACUGAUCAAGAACUACUGUAUCGUGAAGCGGGCGGAGAGCAAGAAGUUGAGUGCGAUGGAUGAAUAUACCCGGAGGAUGUGGUUGAUGGAGAAGUACUAG